AUGCUUAAUCAGGGUCUACGGGUGGUUUUACUAGCGCUUGUGUACGCACUCUCUGUGCACGCAUCAUCGUGCCCUCCACGCUGUGAAUGUUCGGAAGCUGCGCAAACUGUGAAGUGUGUUUCUAAAGACUUGCAGAAUAUUCCAACCGGCAUUCCCGGCUACACGAAAAAUUUGUUCAUUACGGGCAACCAAAUCGACCGAAUCGGACCAGAGUCCUUCAGAGGGCUCGAAAAUGUGACAACUUUGUCUCUGAGCAAUAACAGAAUUUUCGAAGUGGAGUCUCACACUUUCUCCAGCCUAAGGAACCUACGCUCUCUUGAUAUGAGCAGCAAUCAGCUGACCCUGAUACACCCAGAGGCUUUCACGGUGCAGAGCCGUGUGUUACGAGAGCUUAACCUCAGCCGUGCACUUUACAAUCAUUCAUCUGUCACUGACUUGACGACCGCCCUUCGCUGGAGCACCCUCGGUGGCCUCCAGGUGUUGGACCUGUCAAGCAACAGCCUGAUCUACCUGCCCCCACGUAUCUUCUCCCAUCUGGGCAGCCUACGCCGUCUUCAGCUGGCCAACAACUCUCUGGUGGCCAUCUACAACGAUACCUUCACGGGGCUGGAGCACUUGGAGGAGCUGGAUCUCACUCUCAACGCUCUCAAGACCUUCCAGGAGGAGGGCUUGAGGGAGCUGGAGCACCUCCCCAGGACACAGCUCCUCCUCGGGGAGAACCCUUACACCUGCACCUGUGGGAUUGAAUCCUUUGCUACCUGGCUCAACGGGUCUCAGAGCAGAGUAGGCGACAUGGAGCAUGUAGUGUGCGCGUUCCCUGCUGACUUGCGAAAUACGUCACUGCUGACAGUAGGAGAACUGGCGCUGGGGUGUCAUCGGGCAGGAGAGGGCGAUAAUCUGGCCCUUCAAACCUCUUACGUGUUCCUGGGUAUUGUGUUAGGUUUUGUCGGUCUGAUGUUUCUCUUUGUGCUUUAUCUGAACCGCAAAGGCAUUAAGAAGCGAAUCUACGACAUGCGUGAUGCUUGUCGAGAGGUUUGGGAAGGCUACCACUACCGUUACGAGAUCGACUCGGACCCCCGACUCUCGCAGGUUUCCACGUCAGCCGACAUCUGA